UUUUCCAGGCUCAGCAGAGAGCUGCUGGAGGUAGUAGAGCCUGAAGUCUUGCAGGACUCACUGGAUAGAUGUUAUUCGACUCCUUACAGUUAUCUUGAGCGUCCCGAUUCAUGCCAUCCCCAUGGAGGCGCCCUUUACUCAUUGGAGGAACAACACGUUGCCUUUUCUUUUGGCGUGGAUGAAACUGAAAAGUACCAAGAAGGGGAAGAAGAUCAAAACCCACCAUGCCCCAGGCUCAAUGGGGUUCUGAUGGAAGCAGGAGAGCCUGAAGUCUUGCGGGACUCACUGAGUGGAUGUUAUUCAACUCCUUCAAGUUACUUUCAACUACCUGACUCAUUCCAGCACUACACAAGUGCCUUCUACUCACUUGAGGAACAGCACGUCAGCUUCGCCCUUGACGUGGACAAUGGGUUUUCUACUGUGACGGUGAUAAGGUUCCACCUGGGCUUCCAGAUGGGAGUCUUAUUCCCACACUAAGCAGCCCUUACUAAGCUGAGAGAUGUC